AUGCCUAAAUCAAAAGAAUUUAUUGAUUCCGAUUCAGCUAGUGAUCAAGAAUCAGGAGCAACUUCAACAUCCAAAAAACCUAAAGUUAAAGAUACAACUAGUAAAAAUGAGCCAUCAGCUAAACGACCCAAAACAAGUAAUGAAGCCGAUAGUGGAAUAGCUUCAAAGGCUGGAUCGAAUGGUGAACGACUCUAUGAAUUUGGUAAACUUCGUUAUGUAUCAGUAAGUGAAUUCAGAAAUAAACCAUAUAUCAAUAUUCGUGAAUAUUACGAAGACAAAGGUAUCGAAAAACCAGGCAAAAAAGGCAUUAGUUUAACUGCUGAUCAAUGGGAUAAAUUAAAAACACUUGUCAAUCAAAUUGAUACUGAUUUGAAGAAAUUUAAAUAA